AUGAGGCCCUCCCGCUCCUUGUCGGAGCAGCUCCUCCGAAGCGUGUUCUAUCCAAAGAGCUCUACCCCACGCCAUGCAGCUUUGCGAACUUUCUUCACAUCAUCGCAGGCGGUCUCUAAGGAGGCUCUCUCUUCUAGAUUGAUCAUUCAGAGACACCACCAGCUAACACGAAACCAAUUCUUCCGUCGCUUCCGCUCCCUUCGCUUUAACAGUAACAAACACACCCCCUCGCAAAGACCGAAUCCUACACCACACCUUGGAAGUCCCGAGCCAGCCCUCACCUUAUCGCAGCGCCUAAAGAAGCUCUCACGAGAGUAUGGAUGGACCGCAUUGGGAGUCUACUUCGCCCUUUCGGCUUUGGAUUUCCCUUUCUGCUUCCUUGCCGUACGGUAUCUCGGUGCAGAAACCGUUGGACACUACGAGCACAUCGUUGUAGAAGCAGCGCAGAAUGUUAUCCGUAUAGUGUUCCCGAACUUCGGAAAGAAUAAAGGAGGGCAGGAAGCUUCCGUCAGUGGCGAUGUUGCUGAAGCCACUGCCCGCGAGGCAAUCUGGACUCAACUCACAUUGGCCUACGUUAUUCACAAGUCAUUCAUCUUUAUUCGAGUUCCACUUACCGCGGCCGUAUUGCCAAAGGUCGUCAAGACGCUGAGAAACUGGGGUUGGAAUAUCGGCAAGCGGAAACCCCGAGCGGGCUGA